AUGUCUCUGAAUGGGUUAGAUAAUCCCGCUGUCACCGAAGCCUACCAGAGCGCUCUAGCUGAAGCGGGAGGAUGGUUCCUCCUCCGGUAUGUAUCAAGGGAUGAGAUAACACUCCUUGAGCGAGGAACGGGCGGGGUGCCCGAGGUGCGGAGCGCAGUCGACAACUAUGAGGAAAUCUUACCUCUUUACGGCUUUCUACAAUAUCGUCGAAGGAAGGUGGUGCUCAGUUAUCUGCCCGAGGGUCUCUCGAGGCUUGUCAAAGCCAGGACUACGGUCCAGUUUCAGUCAAUCUUGGACAAGUUCUCCCCUCACGAUACGGUGUUCUCUUUGACCAAACCGACGGACCUCACUGAGAGUGCGUUGUCUUCGGCGUGCUUGCUACAUGCUGCUUCAGGUUCUAUCACCUCCUCUUCAAGCUCCCUCCGCCGUCGCAGGCUGAUGGAAAUCGCUGAAGAUGCAGAGGAGAACGGCACGAGCAAGGACCAGGCGCAGACACAGCCUCAUUUCCCGGUUACCCAUCAAAGGUCAUUCAGUCAACUAUCGGAAGCCACUAUAGUACCUCCCUCGGUCGCAUCAACUGUCCCGCAUAACCCGAACAAUGACGAUUCGCCGUCCAUCACGAAGAGCCCACAUGACUUUCCGACCAGUGAUCAAGCCUCGAUUUCCUGGGAGAGCCGCUCGGAACACCCGGACUCGCAAAGAAGGUACCAGGACGAUCUGUCCUACGCGCCCUCUGAGCCACGAAAGUCUUCACAAUCGGCCAGACCGUCGCUAAGGGACUUGGAACGCGCAAGCACAUACACUCCCAAGGUGAAGCGGGGCCCUCGACCUUCGGUGGAUGGCAAUGGGCGACCUCGUACGGCAGGGAAUUUGUCUCGAAGCGCUGAGCAGCGGCCAGUAGCCUCGUUACCUGCCGGCGUUCGGAUGUCCUCCCUGCGGAAAAGGAACCCCAGUCCAUCUCGCCCCCGCUCACAAGGCAACCCAGUGGCAUCUAUUUCCAGCCGAACCGCGCCUCCUGUCCCUCCGUUGUUGGUACCUCCGCUCUCGAUGCCUAUUGCGCGACCUCAGCUCUCCCCGGGCGCUAAGUCGUUGAGUGCGUUAUCGUCUUCUGGAACUUCAAACGAGAGAGAAAGAUUGAUGAAAGCUCUCCAAAUGCGUAAAAAUCAAAUGGAAAAGCGCGCGGCCGAAAGCAAAAAAGACCGAAAUGUCAACAGCCACAGCUCGAAGGUUGUGGAAGCGCUUGACGACAAAGAGAACAUCGACCAUGCUCAUUCGAACUCAACUAGUGGCGAAAACCCUUCAACGCUGUCUGAUCAUAGCGAGGAGUUCCUUCCCACGACGCCGCUAUUCACUGUGUCCGAAUCGGUCGUGUCUCAUGAAACGCAGAAGCCUGACACUUCUGAUGCCACGAAACCAGAUUCUGCCGUGGGUCUGGAUAUCUCCAACAUGGAUGAUGAACAGCUUCCAACUCAAUCGCUUCUGCAUUAUGAUGCAAAUUUGACAACCGAACUGACCGAAUUGAAAGAAACGCCGGAGCCAGAUCAAUCACAAAUUCUGCAAAAUGAUCUUCAGUCUAGGUCUGGAAUAGAAGUUGCCAACCCGGAUUUGGUCGUGCCCAACACCAACGGCACUAACAGUGCCUCCGGCGAGCCUAGCGCCGGCGCCAUUGAGGUCCCACUCGGAGUCUCUGAAAACGACCUAGCAAAAGAAAUUGUUCACUCCCCAGAACAACAGGAAAUCGAUACUGUUUCUGGCUCCCAACAAUCGGAGAAAACAACUGACUUAGCUAAUUCUCCAAAUCCGCUAUCUAUUCCUCUCCCGAAUUCCCCAGUUCCGAGUUCCCGGCCGAGCUCCCCCCCCGAGACCACGGUAGUCGCACCGCAACCCACCGAUCCGCAGAAUGACUUGACCCCUGAGCCAUCGAAUGCGAAUGUGAAGGACGUGAUUAUUCGAAAGGAAAAGCGAAAACCUCAACUUGAGCCUAUUCAAGUGCCUACUCCAGAUUAUUCUGAUGACGACAACCUCCUCUCGGAUGAUUCCUUCAUGGAAGAAUUGAAAAGUGCUACCGUCGAAGAAGCGAAGCCUGUGUCGGUCGGCAAGUCUCCGUUGUCACCUGUCUACCCGAACAACAAUGAGCAAAUAAGCUUUCAUGCUUGGAAGAAUUCGCGGGCCGUUUCGAAUCCAAGUGCGAUGGGACAUAAUUCGGGCAAUAUGCAGCCACUAGCUGUGGGCAGAUCUGUAUCUGGCCCUUAUGGUGACAGUGAUGGAUCAAAUGCCCCAGUACUUGUUGCUAAGAAAAUCAACGUCUCCUCAGGAAUUUCGAAGCGCAUCAAAGCACUGGAGAAAUUCUCGAAUAGUCGCGAGACAUCGUCGAACUCAUCCUUGAAUCUUGCUCCACCUGCGGCGUCCUCCGUAGAAGCUCUUCGGAAGCGGGCUUCUGCGUCACUAGGUGUCGGUCUCUCUGACGUGGGUUCAGUAAACAGACAUAGCUCUUAUACCCCCGAAUCUUUUUUCCGAUCGUCUAGCCUAAAACGCCAGGACUCCUAUGCUAGCACCAAUGCUGUACGCAGCACAGCUUCAAUCUCUGUUGCUGCUCGGAUGGUCCGCGAUGCAAGCAAUGUGCCCAAUGAUUCGAAACCGGACCAGCCAGAGACGAGCGCACUCAACCCCCAGGCGAGUCCUCUGACAGUUGAACAGGAAGACUCUUCCCCAACUGUCGAUGAAUCUGAGAAAAAUAGCAUAUCUCCAUCUUCCACUGGAUCAAACCAUCAAUCCCGAGCCGCUUCAUUACCACGCUCUGAGAGCAGAUUGUCCAUCUCUUCUAUCUCCAAGAAUGACGGAGCUCCCAUGUCGAAAUCUACCAGCGACCUAUCUUCGUCUCCGGAAGAGAAGAAAAACUCUCGCACUUCUCGUCUUCUCCGCCGCAUGUCAUCAAUAACAUCGAACUCAAAGAGAAGUGUGAUUGGCGCUUUCGCUCCGGCUGUCAAAGAAGAAGAAACACCGCAAGUUGUGGAGCCGCCAGUGAAGAAGGCUAGCGUCAUCGUCCCCGCGAUUGAAAUUGGCGAAGUCAACGUUCAAUUUCCCGACACCUUGCUCUGGAAGCGACGGUUUAUCCGAAUCGAUGACAAGGGAUAUUUGAUACUUACGCCCGGAAUUGUCGAUUCGAGCAGUCGCAAUAUGGCCAAGCGGUAUCAUCUGACUGAGUUCAGAACACCAUGCAUUCCGGAUGAAGAUCGUCAAGAACUUCCCAAUAGUAUAUUGCUGGAUUUUCUCAAUGGAAGCACCCUUCAAUGCGCCUGCGAAUCCAGACAGGGACAAGCCUCCGUGCUGCAAACACUCCUUAACGCCCACAAUGCUCAUCAGCAAUCUACACCUUGA